AUGCUGAAACUGGAAGGUAGGUCUCUACAAAUUGCCAUUGCGGUAAGUGCUGGCAGCGCAUACCUGUUAUUCGGCUACGAUCAAGGUGUCCUAGGUGGACUUGUGUCAUAUCCUGGCUUCUUGUCAGCCAUCGGGAAUCCGAGCUCCGGGUAUCUGGGCACCAUAGUGGCCUUGUUCAACAUCGGUUGUCUCGGCGGAUGUGUGAUCUCGGGCUUUUUUGGAAACAAAUUAGGUCGAAAGAAUGCAAUUACCCUGGGAUGUGUCAUUAUGGUUGUUGGUGGUGCUGUUCAGGCGAGCACAUUUAGUGCUGGACAACUCAUCGCCGGUCGGAUAAUUUCUGGAAUUGGGAAUGGCAUCAAUACUUCUACAGUGCCCGUAUACGUGUCCGAAACCUCGCGAAUGGCCGUGCGUGGGAGGUCGCUCGCCAUUCAGAUGUCGAUCGUUAUUUUUGGUACAGUGGUUGCAUACUGGCUAGACUAUGGCAUGAUUCGCACUCAAACCGGUGAUGUCGUUUGGCGGUUCCCCCUGGCUUUCCAAGAUUUCUUUGCUUUGAUUACCAUUUUUACCAUGCCACUUCUACCGGAAUCACCGAGGUGGUUAUAUUCUCAUGGCCGUCAGGAAGAAGCUAUAAGCGUACUAUCCCAGCUUCUUUCCUUGCCGGAAGAUCAUGCCAACCUCCGCACUGUGGUGGCGGAAAUGGAGCAGGCUCUUUCGUUGGAGCAAAGCCAUAAAUCAAAUUUCUCAAUUUCCACUCUGUUGUUCGAGAAAACAGACAUCAAAAAUACGAGGCGCUUGAUUCUGUGCUUCAUGGUACAGUUCUUUCAGCAAUUUACCGGCAUCAAUGUGAUCGCAUUCUAUGUGACAAUUGUACUUGAAACAAACGUCGGGCUAUCGCGUGAGCUAAGUAGCCUUGUAGCAGGCUUUAUCCAAAUCGCAUUCUGGGUCGGCACAUUUCCACCCAUAUUCCUCAUUGAUCGGCUAGGUCGACGAAAGGUUCUUAUGCUAGGAUCAACAAUGCUUUUUCUGGCCAUGACAUUGUUCACGGUUGGCAUUGCAUUGCAAACUCCCGCUUCAUCUCGUCUAGCUCUUGGAAUGCUUAUCAUUUACGAAAUCUCUUUUGGCAUGAGCUGGAACAGCGUACCGUGGCUAUAUGCACCGGAAAUCACGCCCCUUAAUAUUCGACAUAUCGGUGCAGCGACUGGGUGUUUUUCGGAGUGGUUAUGGACAUUCGUGAUUGCGCAGAUGACACCACCGGCUAUUGCCAACACUGGCUGGAAAAUUUAUAUCUUGUUUUGUGUAAUGAUCGCACUAAGUAUUCCGUUUGUUUACUUCUUUAUGCCAGAGGUUGGUCUCCCCUUAUCUUGA